UUCUCUAGAUCGCCUUGUCCUGAUGGCGGAGACCGGUGGUGUGCGGAACUCGGCUUCGAGCGGCAGCAUUUCGUCGCUCUCCAGCGCGCUGUCGAACACCCGGCUCGACUUGCUGGAGUUAGACUGCUCCUCCAACGCCCUCAGCGGGUUACAGAUGUCCCGACCGCUCCCGAGCAACCGGCUGCGCCGAAGCAGCUCCCGCAACUACAGCUUGGAAUCAGCGGACAGCCCAACCGAGGUUCGAGUGCUGGUAAUAAACACUGGAGGAACUAUUGGCAUGAUGUACCGAAAUAAUGUACUGGCACCAAAAGAAAAUGCUUUUAUCAAUGCUCUUCGAAAACAACCGGGCUUGCAUGAUGAAGAUUACGCUAAAAAAACCAGGCUUUAUGAAUAUGUUGAUUUACCAGAAAAUACUCUGGUGCUUCCUUGUACAAGGUCAAACAAAAGGAUUGUGUACUCAGUAAUUGAAUAUUCACCUUUGCUGGACUCCUGUAACAUGACCACAGAUGACUGGGCUAAGAUUGCUCUUGAUAUAGAGGCUCACUACCAAGAAUACAGUGGCUUUGUGAUCCUUCAUGGAACAGAUACUAUGGCUUACACUGCUUCUGCCCUUUCAUUCAUGUGUGAGAAUCAAGGAAAGCCCAUCAUCCUGACUGGCUCACAAGUUCCCAUCUAUGAGAUGAGAAAUGAUGGCCAUGAUAAUUUACUUGGGGCAUUGCUGAUUGCUGGCCAGUUUGUGAUUCCAGAGGUUGGUCUCUACUUUCAACACAAGUUGUACAGAGGAAACCAAGUGACAAAAAUAGACUCGGCAAGUUUUUCUGCAUUUACCUCACCAAAUAUGCGGCCACUUGUCAAUGCUGAAGUAGAAAUUAAAGUAAACUGGGAUGAUGUUUGGAGACCGCGGUCAACUAAGAAAUUUAGAGUUCACACCAAGAUGAAUCGAAAUGUGGGAUUGUUACGGCUCUUUCCUGGAAUCACUGCUGCCACGGUAAGAGCCUUUUUGCAACCACCAAUGGAAGGUAUUGUGCUGGAGACUUACGGAUCAGGCAAUGCGCCAGAUAAUCGUCCUGAUAUGUUGGAGGAACUCAAGAAAGCAGUAGAUCGUGGAGUCCUGAUAAUAAACUGCACUCAGUGCUUGCGAGGUUCUGUUACUGAGUCAUAUGCCACAGGAAAGGCUCUAGCUGAUGUAGGACUUAUUUCUGGCUGUGAUAUGACACCUGAAGCUGCUUUAUCAAAAUUGUCUUAUGUACUGGGCAAGACUGAGCUGAGCAUUGAAGAAAAGCGCAAGAUGCUGUCUGAAAAUCUGAGGGGGGAAAUGAAUAUAAAGUUUGGUGAAGCAAAGAUUUCUCUCGGUGACAGCCAGUUUAUUCAAGCCAUUGCUAAAUCUCUUGGUAUCAGCUGCAAAGCGGAAUUGGAGGCUAUUCGAGAUUCCCUAACCCCUUCUUUGGCUUGUGCAGCUGCAAAGACUGGUGAUAUAAAUGCCUUGGAAGCUAUAAAUGACAUGGGUGGGAAAUUGUCCAGUGCAGAUUAUGAUGGGCGCACUCCACUGCACGUGGCAGCUUGUGAGGGCCAUCUACAAGUUGUACAGUAUCUCUUGGAACAUGGAGCCACAGUUUAUGCUCAAGAUCGUUAUGGCAAUACACCAUUAAAGAAUGCAGUGAAAUUCAGACACCAUGACAUCAUCAAGUUACUGCGGCAGACUGGAGCCCAUUUCUCAAAAAUGGAGAUUAUAGACGUGGGAACUGAUUUGUGCAGCUUGGCUGCAAAUGGCGACAUAGAAGGACUUAAGGCUUGGGAGCUUGCAGGACUGGACUUUAAGCAAUCCAGCUACAAUGGACAGAAUCCUCUGCAAGUGGCUUUGGCUGCUGGGAAUGAAGAGGUGGUUGCAUACCUUCAGUCAGGACUCCUGCGAAACACACUGUAGGAUGAGUGACCUGGGCACAGCUGAAGUUUGCAGGAACUGGAUUUCACAGCACCUUGGACACAGCUGGACGUGGUGACCACUGCACAUUUGUAAAAGAUAACAGUUUGUUUUAAAGAAUAACCUAUUGUAAUAUUCAUUGGUCGAUGUAUUUGAAACAAUAUUAUCUCUCCAACUCACAUGGAACAAUGAAAAAAUUACUUUGUAUGGCUUUUGAUCCAAUGAUGCAUUAGUGUUACUUAAACUAUGUGCUUAGUGAAUUGAUUUGUAUUGGUUCAACUCUUAGCUUCAUUGUUUUGCUGGAUUUGUAUUUCGCUGAUUGUUGAGCUGCAGAAGAAGCAGUCAUCUUGUGAUCUAAAAAUUCAUUUUGAUCCUGCCCAUAAUGAUAAUGAGCUUAUUCAAAUUUGCUUCUGCUAUGAUUACUCAUUACUUGAAAGGAGCUAAUACCAUCGAAAGCACCUUUUGUAAUUUGCAUUUAAUUCACUAAUCUGAAUUUGCAAGUGUGCUAUUUCAUUCACUUGUGCAUGUGGGGAUUAUAUCUGAAAGGUUAGAUUAAAUAGUGCAAGAUAUUAUGCAUGCCUCUGCAGGUUCAGUCAGUCAUGAGUUAAUUCGCUGGCAGCAAGUGACAGCGGUAAAAAUUAGGAGGUAAUCUUGAGAGGAGUGAUCAAUGCAUCUUGCUGCCAUAAAUACACACAGGUAUAAAGGCAAGGGAGCUAAAAAUAAAUAUUGUUGCAGGUAAUGUCUUCUGUUGAAAGUUAUUUCUCCAGAUUAGAUUUUUGUUAGAGUUCUAUGACCAAGUAGAACAGUUUUCUUCUAAAAAUUCUAAUAAUUUUGUAGAACUCGGAAUGGUACUGCAAAAAGUUUUUUGAUUUCGGAUUGAAUUGUGUCCUGUAGGAUUUACCGCUACAUCUGAACAAUUCCUCUUCAAUGGAUUUUAUUUUAUCACUGAUUUCCACAAUAUUGCCUUGUCUAGGAUUAGGUUUAUGUACAUUUCAUUCAUUUUGCUGUUCCCAUUUAACCCAAUUUUCAGUUUAAGGAGCAGCCAGUGUUACAAAGGUUUUGAAAUGAAUAUACUUUUUGCCUUCAUUAUCAUUGAUUUGCUCCAUGGAUAUUGUUGUAUUUGUACGUCAUUUGCUAAUUUAAUUUUUUGUUUGCUUGACAAAAUGUUAAAUAAAAUACCAUUUAAGUCAU